AUGUCGCGGAACACCCUUCCUCCGCUUACUCCCGCUGAGACUACCUCAGGGAUCAUCGUCGAUUCUCAAACACUCGAGCGAGUGGUGCCAGAGUCGAAACGUACGGAUGGGAGCGUACGCAAAGAGAUCAAGAUCCGACCUGGGUUCACCCCGCAGGAAGAUGUUAGUCGGUUCAGAGGCACACGACAGAAGCAGGCAGACAAAAACGCCUUGCCGAAGGGUUACAUACCUGGCUGGGCACCCCCUCCUGAGCCAAAGAAGAAAUCAAAGCCCAAACAAGCCGACGUCGUUAGUACCCCUCCAUCGAAACCUGCGUCGAAAACUCUGAAGCGGAAGGAGAAUAAGGAGCAAGACAAUGGAAAACCUAGCGCUUCUGAGAAAGUGCCGGAUACUUGGGAUUCAGACGAGGGCGCAACAAGGUCUGGGGCGAAGGAAACGACAGCAUCCCAGGUCCCUAGCACGGUGUCAGAGAAAAAUGCUAGUAAGGGGAAAGCUCCGAAGUCAGAAGAGGAAGAGGGUGUUAGCACUGUAACUAACAAAUUGGAUAAGAUGGGUCUGUAA